UCUGGCACAUCUCUGACCUGCAUCUGGACCCCAACUACACCGUAACCAAAGACCCCCUCCAGGUGUGCCCGUCAGCCGGCUCCCAGCCUGUGCUAAAUGCUGGCCCCUGGGGUGACUACCUCUGCGAUUCUCCUUGGGCCCUUAUCAACUCUUCCUUCUAUGCCAUGAAGGAGAUUGAACCAAAGCCAGACUUCAUUCUCUGGACAGGGGAUGACACACCGCACGUCCCCAAUGAGAGGCUAGGGGAGGCGGCUGUGCUGUCAAUUGUGGAACGCCUGACCAACCUCAUCAAGGAGGUCUUUCCAGAUACUAAAGUUUAUGCUGCUCUGGGAAAUCAUGACUUUCACCCUAAGAACCAGUUCCCAGCACAGAGCCAUAGCAUCUACAAUCAGGUGGCAGAACUGUGGAGAUCCUGGCUUAGUAACGAGUCCUACACUCUCUUCAAAAGAGGGGCCUUCUAUUCUGAGAAGUUGCCGGGUCCCAGCGCGGCAGGGCGAGUUGUGGUCCUCAACACCAAUCUGUACUACAGCAGCAACGAGCAGACAGCAGGCAUGGCUGACCCUGGCCAGCAGUUCCAGUGGCUGGGAGAUGUCCUGAGCAAUGCAUCUCGGGAUGAGGAGAUGGUGUACAUUAUUGGCCAUGUGCCCCCAGGGUUCUUUGAGAAGACCCAGAACAAGGCCUGGUUCCGAGAGAGCUUCAAUGAGGAGUAUCUGAAAGUGAUCCAGAAGCACCAUCGUGUCAUAGCGGGGCAGUUCUUUGGACACCACCAUACCGACAGCUUCCGAAUGUUCUAUGACAACACAGGUGCCCCCAUAAGCGUCAUGUUCCUCACACCUGGGGUCACGCCAUGGAAGACCACACUACCUGGAGUGGUCGAUGGGGCCAACAAUCCAGGGAUCCGCAUUUUUGAGUAUGAUCGAGCCACACUCAACCUGAAGGACAUGGUGACUUACUUCUUGAACUUGAGUCAGGCGAAUGUACAAGAGACCCCACUGUGGGAGCAAGAAUACCGCCUGACAGAGGCCUACCAAGUACAGGAUGCUGGUACCAGCUCCAUGCACACCGCACUGACCCGCAUUGCCAGCGAGCAGCAGAUCCUGCAACGUUAUUACAUCUAUAACUCAGUCAGCUACAACCAUUUGACCUGUGAGGACAUCUGCCGCGCCGAGCAUGUUUGUGCCAUACAACACGUAGCUUUCAGCACUUAUGCUGCCUGCUUGCAUGGUCUUAGUGCCAAGCUGGUGCCUGGUUCCCUGCUCAUACUGACUCUGCUGCCAACUCUGUACGUAUUGGAGGUGCUAUGACUGUAGGCACUGCCAGCCCACCCUCUUACUUGGUUCAUCUUUCUUCCGGUAAAAUUGGGCAACAUUACCCGAUGGAGAGAUGAACUUUGCCAUCCAUCUCCCGCAUCUGUGGAGAGCAAAGUGGGAUCUGAUAUUUAGAUUCACCAGAGAGGGCGCUAAGAAGCCCAUUGCUUCCAAGUUUCUCGUUUUAUCCACAAAACUGGUUUGUGGUACAUGUCUUGGUGCAUUACUCCCUUUAAUACAAACAUAUCAAACUACCAUGCAUUUGAUCACCACAGAAAAGUGAGCCAGCAGGAAGAUGGGCCCUGGAGAUCCUGUGCUUUCGACGUAGUCCCUCCUCAAGGUCUGAACUGGGAACCCACGUGGUCUGCAAAACCCCUUGGUACUUUUAAAUAAAAGACUUUUCUGAUUUGGUUUCUCAACAGUG